AAGAAUAAUUCUCUCAGUAAUAAACGAAUGCGGGUGUUGAGCGGUUGUGACAUGUGCUUGGUCGGGUGUGAAAUAUAAUUUAUUCUGAUUGUAAAAGUAAAUUAGUUAUACAAAAGUAAAUUGCUGUGCAAUGUUCAUUUAAAUUGCUGUUUAGUUAAAAGCAAGUGCAAAGCCUAGACGUAACCACGGUGGUCAAGAAAGAAGAAAGUUUCCAGAAAUAGAAUCAUAAUUUAUAAGAGCAAAAAAAUGGUCGCAACCUUCACCUUAAAGUUCCUUAAAACACAAUGGCGCUCUUUUGCCAAUGCACACCCAUUGGCGAGGGGUGUCAUAUCUUAUGCGGUCAUAUGGCCCACAAGCAGUCUCAUACAGCAAACAAUUGAGGGUAGAGAUCUCAAAAACUACGAUUGGAUGCGUUGUUUGCGUUAUGGUUUGUUCGGCGCACUCUAUGUGGCACCUACACUAUAUGGUUGGGUGCGUCUAAGUUCGGCCAUGUGGCCACAAAUGAAUUUACGUGUCGGCAUUACAAAGGCCGCCGUUGAACAGAUCUCAUAUGGUCCCUUCGCUGGCACCAGCUUCUUCUUUGUUAUGAGCUUAUUGGAAGGCCGUAACGUUGAGGAAGCUGUGCAAGAGGUCAAAGAUAAAUUCCCUAAAGCAUUUGAGGUUGGCAUUUGCAUCUGGCCAGUUAUACAGACAAUAAACUUCUCAAUGGUACCUGAGCAACAUCGCGUAGUUUUCGUGAGUGUCUGCAGUUUAGCUUGGACCACAUUCCUAGCAUAUAUGCAUACCAAAAACGUACAUGAAGAAGAAGCAGAAGAUGACGAGAAACCCAGCAGCGAACAGAAGCUUACACAGCAACCGCUGUCGAUACAACCAAUGUCGUUAACAACUAAUGAGAGCUUAGUUUUAAAAGUCAAACGUGCACUGACGCUUUAAAUAUUAUAUAUUGUAUGUAUGUGUGUAGUAUGUAGCAGUUGAGGGUAAAGGAAAACCCAUAUGUGAUUAAAGAAAUAGUUCAAUUGAUAUUAGAAAUUGAUAUAAAAAUGUUGUUAGCUAAUUUUAUGCGUACUAUAAUAUAAGUAUUAUGAUGUCAACACCCUUUUAGAUGUUUUUAAAUGCAUUGUACAAAUAAAUAAACGUGCAUUUAUUUUCAAAAUUA